GGAAAGUUCACGGGAAGAAGAAAUGGUGGUGAGGCUGAGAUUGGCGAGGUUGGGAUGCCGGAACCGGCCGUUUUACAGAGUUAUGGCCGCCGAUAGCAGAUCUCCGAGAGACGGAAAGCAUAUCGAAGUUUUGGGCUACUAUAAUCCUUUGCCAGGUCAAGAUGGCGGUAAACGAAUGGGUCUUAAUUUCGAACGAGUGAAAUACUGGCUAUCAGUUGGUGCACAACCAUCGGAUCCUGUUCAACGCCUUCUAUUCAGAGCAGGGUUGCUGCCGCCACCACCCAUGGUGGCAAUGGGGCGGAAAGGUGGGCCUCGUGACACACGACCAGUUGACCCCUUGAGUGGCCGUGUUAUGAUGCCUGAGCAAUCAACUAAAGCUGGUAACGACUCCGUGGAUCAAGAAAAUAAACCGUGAACUUCCGAACUGUCGGUUUUCGAGACCUGUUUGUCUUAGAUUCCGAGGCUUUGGUCUUUCUGCUUAAAUUUUAGAACAAUUUGACAUAAUAUCACUAGAAGUUCAUCACUUGUUUCUUUUAUAAAGUGGUAAAUCCUUGAUGCUAUAGUGAUUUGAUUUGUACUUUAUGAAGUGAUAGUUGUAUUAUUUUUAUUUAUU